AUGGGAAUUCAAGAAUCGAGAUUUGCAAUCGUCGUCUUUUCAGAGAAGUAUGCUACUUCAUCUUGGUGCUUGAACGAAGUUGCAAAGAUUGUCAAAUAUUGCAAUCUAGAUCGGCGACGUACUAUUAUUCCAAUUUUCUACCAUGUGGAACCAAACCAUGUGAGAAAUCAGACUGGGACAUUUGGGGAGCCCUUUACUGGUAAGCAUAAAGACCAGAAUGUGGAUACGGUUAACAAAUGGAGGAAUGCUUUGACUCAAGUGGCGGAUAUUGAACCACGCUGGGAAGUGAAACAAGGCCGGCAUGAAUCAGAUGUUAUACAGGAAAUUGUUAAUAAGAUUUUCAAAGAACUGUAUGAAAGGGCCUCAAAUGACUUGGUUGGCAUGGAUUCUCGCAUAAAGAAAAUUCAGUCGCUAGUGGAUGAAUGCCAGUCCCAUGAUGUUUGCACCAUAGGGAUAUGGGGCAUGGCGGGGAUUGGUAAAACAACUUUAGCUCGUUGGUUUUUCCAAAGUAUGUUUGACAAAUUUGAAGCUAGCGCUUUCAUUGGCAAUGUGAGAGAGGAAUAUGAAAAAAAUGGCAUGGUUCACUUGCAAAAGCGUCUUCUCAAAAUCUUAUUGAGUGACGAUGAAGACAUACAUGAUGAUCAUAUGGUAACCAAUAUAUUAAGCCAAAGAUUGCGUUCCAAAAAGGUGCUUAUCAUUCUAGAUGAUGUCGAUAAACCGGAGCAAAUAGCAAGUUUAGUUGGAAAUUGGAAAAAUCACUAUGACUGGCUUGGUCGAGGGAGUAGAGUGUUUGUGACAACCAGAGAUAAACAUUUGGUGGUGAAUUAUGGACAGGAUUACAUAUAUAAGGUUGAUAAGCUAAAUGAUGAUGAAGCUCUUAAACUCUUACAUCAAAGAGCGUUUGACAAAAACAGUAAUUUAGACGAGUAUAGAGAGUUGUCCAUCCAAGUUGUAGAAUAUGCAAAUGGUCAUCCUUUAACUCUCGAAGUUUUGGGUCCCUACUUGAAAGCGAAAACCGUUGAUGCAUGGUCAAACAUAUUGGCUGAAUUGAAGAAACAUCCAAAUGAUGAACCAAUUCAUCGAGCGCGUCGAGUAAGUUAUAAUGGAUUAGACGAAUGGACGAAGAAAAUUUUUUUGGACAUAGCAUGUUUCUUCAAAGGAGAGGAUCUAUAUCGUGUGAAAAAGAUAUUAGAUAGUUGUACGUUUUAUCCUACAAGUGGUGUAAAAGUGCUUAUAGAAAAAUGCUUUAUAACUAUUGCAAGUGACAAGCUAUGGAUGCAUGAUUUGCUACAAGAAUUUGGUCAUGAGAUUGUUCGUCAAGAAUCCAUAGACGUGUUGGGCAAACGUAGUAGGCUCUGGAAUCAUAAGGAUGCACGUUAUGUACUUGAAAAGUAUGAGGGAACAAAAGCCGUUGAAGGCAUAUUCCUUAAUUUGCCUGAAAACGAAGAACUGCAGUUGAGUGAGGAGAAGAAGAUGUUAGAAAUGACAAAGCUACGGUUGUUGAAGAUUCAUAAUGUGCCUAACUUUUCUCAAUGUGGAUACCUUUCUAAUGAGUUACGCGUUUUGGAUUGGCAUCAAUAUCCUCUAAACUAUAUGCCAUCAAGUUUUCAACCUAAAAAUCUUGUUGAACUCAACACGUCUGACAGUUGUAUUGAACGACUAUGGGAUCAAGAAACUACACUUCGUUUGGAGAAGUUAAUAGUGCUCAAUCUUAGCAAUUGUGAGUACUUGGUCGAAACCCCUGACUUCAGUAGGGUCCCCAGUCUUGAGAGGCUGAUCCUUGAAGGUUGUAAAAGGUUAUCAAAAAUUCAUCCGACAAUCGAAAAGCUCAAACAAGUCAUGUUGUUGAACUUGAAAGGUUGUGAAUCUCUUGACAGUCUUCCCCAAGGCAUCUGCUUCAACUUUCUUGAGACUUUUAUUCUUUCUGGAUGUACAAAACUUGAUAGAUUUCCAGAGAUUGUGGGAGAUACUAGUCAUUUGUCACAACUUUAUUUGGAUGGGACGGCUAUCAAAGAGCUACCAACAUCAGCAGAGCGCUUAAGUAGCCUUAUUUUGUUGGAUCUUAGAGAAUGCAAGAACCUUUUAAGUCUUCCAGAUUUCAUUUGCAGUUUCACAUCUCUGGAAAAUCUUAACAUUUCAGGUUGCUCACUUAUUGACCAAUUGCCAGAAAACAUAGGCAGCUUGGAAAAAUUGGAGAAACUUGAUGCAUGUAGAACUGCUAUAAGGAAAGCACCUUCCUCCAUUUUGCCUGAGUCAUUCUCUAGUUUAAGCUCCUUGACAUGUUUAAGUCUAGCUGAAUGUAAUCUAGAAGAAGGAGCGAUCCCUGAAGACAUUGGUUGUUUGACCUUACUCGAGCGUUUAGAGUUGAGUGGAAACAAUUUCAUGAGCUUAUCUGAUAGCAUCUCUCAGCUUUCUAAUCUUAGACGUUUCUCUGUGGAUAAUUGUAGAAAACUUGGAUCAUUGCCAAAACUUCCAUUGAAUGUGAAACAUGUACAGGCAAAUGAUUGUCCUAUUCUAAAUGAUCAUAUGACAAUAUGGCCUUCUGAUGAGGGAUUCAGUUUCAUUGAUUGUCGUAAUUCAGUCAAGGCUGAAGGAUGUCUUACACACCACCCUCUUCCAAUGCCCGAAGAACAUAUCGCCACACUCUUUCCUAAAUUCAUUAAGGAUCAAAUCUAUCAUGGAGGAAACUUGGAACUUCGUUUUCCUUGUGCAAGAAUUCCAGAUUGGUGCAUACAUAUGAGUUCUGGGUCUUCUAAAAGAAUCAGACUACCUGAAAAAGAUAGUAAUGAAACGUGGCUUGGAUUUGCCCUGUUUAUUGUUUUCCUAAUCAAGAAACAAGAAAACUUUCAUGACGGUCGGUACAAUACUUUCUGUAAGUUUUACACUGGUGAAGGUUGUCUUCAAAAUCCCCUUGAGAUAGAAAGCUUCAACGGCUUCAAGGUCGGGUCUUAUGGACUUUGUGUCUAUGUACCGAAGACAAGGUUUGGAAAUCAAUUGGAUCGAGCAAGUCAUAUUGAAGCUUCGAUUUCGACAGACAGAUCGGACGUGGAGGUGCUAGAAUGUGGGCUGCAUGUAAUAUUUAACAAAGAUGUGGCAAAGUUUACUCAAGAUUUAGUUGAUACAUCUAAUGAACACCUAAACUUGACCUCUAUUAAACAUUACAAGCAUAUACUAGAAAAGGCAAGUGAAUUGGAAAGAUCUGGUGAUAUCCAUGAACUUCAACAUGAUUCAAGUCCCAGAAAGCAAGUCUUUGGAACUUUGCAUCCUACCAGCCAACUGAGAAUAGAUCUAAACGCCUUACUUUCAAGAAUAUUCUUUGAGGGAUCCUUAUAUACACGCAACUUGCCUAUCCCAUUCAGUUUUCCUAUAGUAGGAUUUGUCUCAGGUUGGUUCUUCCAUCAAAGUGCGGGGUGCAAUGUAGUUUGCUAUCUUCCUGCAAACAUACUUGAUGACAAGUCAUGGAUAGGACUUAGUCUAUAUGCUACACUCAAAAUGAGUCCCUCUGAUUCGCUCAAGAAUUAUUCAGAUUCAAAAAUUGCUCCUCCUUUGCUUCAUAUUGACUUGCAUUCUCAUGGAAGUAGUAUUUCACAUAUAAAAACGCUUGAUAAUCUUCCCAUAAUGCCCCAUUCACAGCAACCUUUUUUAUUUCAUGUCCCACGAGUGUAUUUCGAAGAACAUCAGUUGAACCGAUGUUGGGGAAUAAGCGUUUUGUUUAGGACCAGCAUACCAAAUGUGGAAGUUGAAAGGUGUGGGAUCCGAGCAAUAUAUGAGAAAGAUCUGGGAAAUGUAAUUGAAAUGAUAAAUGAGUGCCAAUUAGGCUAUGCAGAUGAUGAGCAAUUAUGUUACCAAGCAUAUGAAAUGCUAGUGGAAAGUAUCAUUGAUACGUUUCAGUUUGUCAAGCCCGAAACAAAGGAACAAGAAAUGCCAAUCCAUUCAAGUUACUCCUCUCAAAGGUUUAAUUAA